UAUUGUAUUGCUUGUAUUGCUUGUAUUGCUUCAUGCUGACGUCUGAAUUGCGUGUGGUGCAUUACGCAGGGUGGCCGUGUUUUGUAAAGCUGAAAGUGUUCAAUAGUGUAAUUUAAUUUUUCUUGUGUUUCUUAAUACUGAAAACAACUAACAAUGUCAGACGAAAUGAGAGAGGCAAGAAGACGGCGCAUACUGGAAAAUUCAGAAAAACGACUUCAGCGUAUUUUAGGAGUAAACACAGAUCUUACCGAUACUGCUGUGAGAUCACCUGAGUUGCUGUCUUCUUCAUUGGAGUCUGGAGAAAAUGAAAAAUUGGGGCCAGAACCAUGCACCGUUUCAGAAUCGUUGCUCAAAAAAGAGGCCCAUAUUAGACAAAGAUCUAAUAUAAAUGUAACAUUGGCAACACCAAAAAACCAAAUGAUGAGUGGUAUAGAAACAAGCAAGAAUUUUUUUGAAGUGGAUGGGUGUCUACCUGAAAAUGGUCCAUUAACUAAAGAGCAACCUAAGAACACAGCUGGAUUAUUAGUACUUCUUGCUAUUACUUCCAUAACUCUACUCUAUACAAGUUUUGGAGUAUUCAUAGGCCAUAAUGUGCUUAUUCCAUUUGGAAUUUUUGAAGCAUACAUACUGCUGACAAAGACCGAAGACCAGAAGCAAUCCAAUAAUUUAUUUAACACAGUUCUCAUGUUGAGUGGAUUACCACAAAACAAGCUCUCCCAGCUAACCAAGGUCCUUCAAACAAUUCAGAUGUUAAUCCAAGAUCUCUGUGUCUACCUGUUUGCCUGUUUUGUAAGUUACAAGAUAUAUACUAUUGUAACUUAAA